GGGGCUGGGGCUGGGGCUGGAGCUGGGGCCGGUUCCGCGACGAAGGACUCGGGUGGGCGAUGCUGGCGGUUUCCACGAGAGGGCUUUCGUGCUGUGCGGUGCCAGGGCGGCUCUUCAGCAGAGCCUGCGCAGCGCCGGCCGCCCCUCCGCUCGCCUCGUAGGGACGGAGAAGCAAAAUGAACCUGGGGGUGGCUUUCUCUCACAAGAGAUUAAUGCUAAUGAAAAGUGGAUAGAGGGGGAACCCAGAGGCGUCUGGCACCCAGCAGAAAGGUUGACCAGCCUGGAUCACGGUGCUAGGGGCCUGAAGCAGGAUCCUGACCGAUGCAUGUUUAGUACGACCUGACUUCUCGAGGAGAAGUAUUUCUCUGAAGGCCUGUCCUAUCAAAGCAGCAACGCAGGACAAGCUUGGCUAGAAGGAGAUACAUGGGACAUACAGACAAUUAAAAACUAGAAAGACACUGAGCUUCAGGUCUCAAGAUUUGUGCAGGAAGACUUGGAUCAAGGAGCCUGAAGACCAUGGAGGGAGACUGCCUGAGCUGCAUGAAGUACCUGAUGUUUCUGUUCAAUUUCUUUAUAUUUCUGGGAGGAGCAUGCCUGCUGGGCAUUGGGAUCUGGGUCAUUGUAGAUCCCACGGGCUUUCGAGAGAUAGUGGCCGCCAACCCUCUGCUCUUCACAGGAGCGUACAUCAUGCUGGCUAUGGGAGCGAUGCUCUUUCUGCUGGGCUUCCUUGGCUGCUGCGGUGCCAUCCGUGAGAACAAAUGCCUCCUGCUUUUUUUCUUCAUGUUUAUUUUGUUGAUCUUCCUGGCGGAGCUUUCAGCUGCAAUCCUGGCUUUUAUCUUCAGAGAAAAUCUGACCAGAGAGUUUUUCACCAAGGAGCUGAAGAAGCAUUACCUGAGGAACAACAACACAGACGUUUUCUCUUCCACCUGGAACUCUGUCAUGAUCACAUUUGCCUGCUGUGGAGUGAAUGGACCUGAAGAUUUUGAAGCAGUCCCUCAUUUUCCACACUCUUCUUGGGAGACAGCAACACCAGAGGCUUGUUGCCAGCGAGAGAUCCAGAGCCGGGAAGGGAUGUUUGUGAACAAGGAAGCCUGCCUCACGGGCAUCGAGAGGUUUCAGAACCGACAGGGCUGCUACACUGUGAUCCUGAACUCCUUUGAGACCUAUGUGUACCUUGCUGGAGCCCUUGCUAUCGGAGUGUUGGCUAUUGAGCUGUUCGCCAUGAUCUUUGCCAUGUGUCUCUUUCGUGGGAUCCAGUAAGGGGCAGCCUGUGAACCACCAUAUUCCCUAUGUGCUCAGAAGGAAGAAGGAAUAUCAGAAGAAACAAAACCUGAGAACACCCAAAAAACUUUAUUUUUUUUAACAAAAUGGGGUAAAAGGGGGGGG